AUGCCGACACUUUGCAUUCUGCAGGGCAAGGCGUCUGCGGAAACGGAAGCCUGCUCCGGCUCCAGCCUCCUCCUUGCGGUCAAGGAUCUUGCGCCCUCUUGCAUCGCAGCGUGCCCCGACAUCUGUCCUCAUUUGGAGACGCUCAUCAUGCAGGCCCUGAUGAACAUUGACCCGCUACCCUAUGUCUGCGCCAACAGCGCCACAUUCCUUUGCAUGGACACAACGGCAUGUGACAGCCUGCUUGACACGGCGGAGAGCUACAACCUCUUCCACGUGCCACGUAGUGAACAGGAACUCCAGGAUGCCUGCAACCCGCCCGACACAUCCAGCACCGCUGCGCCCAGCACCUCGCAGGAGGAGACUGAGCCGCUUGGACGAGCGUUUCACGUUAGGGCGCUGAUCUCACAUAGUUUUGCUCCGGAGCCAUCGAAUGCUCUCCGCUUAAUUGAUGGCUAUGCAAGCGAGAUCGCUACCUGCAACUGA